AUGCCAUCCAUAACCACCGUCGCUGUGCAAUCGGCCAUCCUCAAAGCCGCAGCAAACCUCACGGCGCAGACAUUGACGCAAUGGAACACGCAACCGUCCUCGGCAUCGCCAUACGACUGGGCGCGCGUCGCAGAGUUUGCGGCCUUCGGCAUUGUGUCGGCGCCACUAGCGUCCGCGUGGCAGCGCCUUCUUGAGGACCGGUUCCCCAGCCAGCAACAGCACCAACGCCGCAGCACGACGCAAGAGUCGGUGGCCGACAAAGAUGAAAUUGCAAACUCGACGAAGACGACAGCCCAGCUAAGUUGGGAAAACAUCCUGAUCAAGCUCCUGCUCGACCAGACGAUCGGGCAAUUUCUCAUCAAUCUGACGUUUCUGAUAUGUACCAAUGGCGCGAGGAUCGAAAGCUGGAGUUCGUUGGCUGGGAUGAUCCAAGCACGCAUAUUUGGCAUCAUCUGGGCGAGCUGGAAAUUGUGGCCGUGGGUUGCGCUCGUCAAUUUCAUCUGGGUCCCCCUGCAGUGGAGGGUGCUUGUCGGGUCGCUGGUGGGGUUUGGAUGGAAUAUCUUUCUGAGUAUUUGGUCGAUGAGGAGCUGA